GCGGCGGCGCCGGCCCUUCCCCUGCGAGCCGCCGCCGGGCCAUGAAGCAGCAGCAUGAGGAUGUGUGAGCGCGGCGCCCAGAUGCUCGUCACCACGGUGGGAGCCUUCGCAGCCUUCAGCCUCAUGACCAUCGCCGUGGGCACCGACUACUGGCUCUACUCGCGCGGCGUGUGCAGGACUAAGUCCGCGAGCGACAACGACACGAGCCGCAAGAACGAGGAGGUGAUGACCCACUCGGGGCUCUGGAGGACGUGCUGCCUCGAAGGGACCUUCCGCGGCGUCUGCAAGAAGAUCGACCACUUCCCCGAGGACGCGGACUACGAGCAGGACGCGGCCGAGUACCUGCUGCGCGCCGUGAGAGCCUCCAGCAUCUUCCCCAUCCUCAGCGUGGGCCUGCUCUUCUUCGGGGGGCUCUGCGUGGCCGCCAGCGAGUUCUACAAGAGCAAGCACAACGUCAUCCUCAGCGCCGGCAUCUUCUUCGUGUCCGCAGGUCUCAGCAACAUCAUCGGCAUCAUCGUCUACAUCUCGGCGAACGCCGGGGACCCGGGGCAGAGCGACUCCAAGAAGAGCUACUCGUACGGCUGGUCCUUCUACUUCGGCGCGCUGUCCUUCAUCAUCGCCGAGAUGGUGGGCGUCAUCGCCGUGCACAUGUACAUCGAGAAGCACCGGCAGCUGCGCGCCCGCUCCCGCGCGGAGCUGCUCAAGAAGGCGGCGUUCACGCGCCUGCCCCCGUACCGGUACCGCUUCCGCCGGCGCUCCAGCUCCCGCUCCACCGAGCCGCGCUCCCGGGACAUGUCGCCCGUGAGCAAGGGCUUCAGCACCAUCCCCUCCACCGACAUCUCCAUGUUCACCCUCUCCAGGGACCCCUCCAAGAUCACCAUGGGGACGCUGCUCAACUCGGAGCGGGACCACAGUUUUUUACAGGUGCACAACUCCAUCCCCAAGGAGUUCAAGGAGGCUUUGCACAACAACCCGGCCAACAGACGAACGACGCCGGUGUGAGGGGGCCGCCGGCGCGGGCAGCGCCCUGUGUCGGGCUGCAUGACGUGCUCCUCGUGACGGUGUACCCAGAGAAACCCCACUGCUACGGACAGCCCCACCGGCCCCCGCCCCAGCGGCCGCCUUUCCCCGGGAACGGCGCUUCCCGCGUCCCCUCCCGCGCCGGGACACAGCGGAACCACAUGGGGACCCCUGAGCACGGCUGGCUCGCCAAGGCCACCGCCGUGCGCACUGCUCCUGUGUGUGCCAUGGAGCUGUGACCUGUGGAGCCGUGUCCCAUGGAGCCGUGUCCUGUGGAGCCGUGACCCGUGGAGCCGUGUCCCGUGGUGCCCGGCCGGCUCCGUGCAGAAGGAAGCGCCGGACGGGCCACGAGCGCUCGGGGAGAGCCGGGGCUGGGUUUCUCUCUGGCAUUUCGUGCAUGCAUUAAAUAGCUUGGAAUUCAAUUUUGUCAUGUUGGGUUGGAAGAAACAUCCCUUUGCCUUGUCCUGGGCUCCUGAAAGGGCUUCCUUUUUGCCUUCCUCCCUUUCUCCUUUCCUCCUUCUGGUGCACUCAGAUCGUGGCGGGACUCGGGAGCAGAAUUCCUCCAGUGAGUGGCAGCCACUAGGCAGUAUCUGAUU